ACAGGCGGAACCAGAAUCCAGAAACAGAGACUCCAAACUCUCUCUCUCUCUCUCUCUCUCUCGCACGCACGCGCGAUCGCAAUCACAGUUCACAUUCACACUCGCGGCCAUUACUCAGCCGAAGAUUGAAACAGGGAGAGAAGAGAGAGAAUGGGCAUAUUAGCGACGAGCAAGGGCAGGACCAGCGGCCAGAGCUCAGGCAUGGGCUUCCUCCUCGUCUUCUUCCCCGAAGAGCAGCAGCACCAACACCGCUCCACCUCCGAUUCAUCCGACAUUGCCGACAAACCCAAGCUUUUGUCCUCCUCUCCCUGCCCUCCUGUUCCUUCCUCGUUCAGAAGGACCCACUCCGGCCGACUCUUGAGCAGAGCCCAGUCCACCAUCUCCGUCUGCGCCCUCCUCGUCUGCCUCACCCUCCUCGUCUUCACUCUCUCCACCUUCGACCCUCCUUCCCCCUCCCCCUCCGCCUCCUUUUCCCGCCGCUUCUUGCCCGAACGGCAACCAUCGCAACGCCGCCCACAGCAAUCUCAGCCUCUCCUCACUCCAAAGCCCCAAAACGACCGCGCUCCUUCCCCGUUCUGGUCGUUCCCCACCUUCUCCUGGAGGGCAAAGCCCAAAAAUAGCGGUUCCAAGCGCCAGUUCGCGCUGCAGGGGAUGGGCACUCUGUACAGGAGAGGCACGCGCGCCAUGAGUGACCUCGUCGUCGCUCACCUGGUCGACAACCUCUCUGAGGAAGAGCUCCGCCUGUUCUUGCGGACGCUGCAUCGCUCCGGCCUCACGGCCAGAGCCGACGUCGUCCUCAUCUUCCCUUCCCGCGCCUCGGCCUCGAGAUUCGGUUCCGUAAUUCGUGAAGAAGACGAGUCGUUCUCGAAGCUCCUUUAUCACUACACGCAGCGAUUCAAUGCGACCGCCGCGGCUUCGAGGUCUCCCGCGAGUUUCGACUCCACCCAUUUCGCGAAGUCGUCCAAGGAAGCCAGCGAGCCGCUGUGGGGCAAGCGCGCGCGGAUUGGCAAUUCCAGCAGCGACGCCGCCGCCGCCGAGAGCGGCGGGGCGGCGCGUCGGGAUAAGUCGAAACGGCCGACUUACGGGUCGGUGGUGGGCUUCGAGGCGGGGGAGCUCGACCCUGAGAACUCGCUCUCCGGGUUCCUGGACCACGUCCCCAUGAGCCUGCGGCGGUGGGCAUGCUACUCGAUGCUGCUCGGCCGAGUCCGGCGGAACUUCAAGCACGCGAUGCUGAUCGACGCCAAGAGCUGGGCCGUGCUCGGCGACCCGCUCGGCCGCGUCAGGAGCCGGAGCCCCGAGACGGUGCACCUGCUGCUGACGACGGUGGCCGCGAGCAAGGCCGAAUCGAACAAACACGGGAGGAGGAACUCGGCCCGGACUCAGCCGCCCGGGUCGGUGAGCCCCGAGGUGGUGAUGGGCGGGACGAGGGGGGUGAGGCGGCUGGCCACGGCGAUGUUGAACGAGAUCGUCCGGGCGUCGGGGCAGCAGCACAAGAGGAAGGGCCCGGUGACGGAGUCGGGGGUGCUGAGUCAGCUCGCGAGCAACGAGUUCGUGCUGACCAACGUCAACCUGGUGGUGUCACCGGAGGACUCGGGGAGUGGCGGCGGCGACUCAGGGGCGGCGUUGAUCAAAUACGGCAAUAAUGGCAAUAACAGUCAUAAUCGUGACGUAAAGGGUAUGAUCAUGAGGCAAAUAUGUUCGUCCGAGGUGGAUUCUUCUGUUUAUAGCGACUGUUAAGAGAC